CAUCGAAAUUGCUACGAAGCAGGUGUUACUCCUUCGCGAUGGUUUGGUGAGCUUCCGAAGAGUCAAAGGUGCUCCAUAAAACAAUGAAUACAAAAGUGUUUCAAUCAAUUGUUGGAUUAAUUAUUUUGAUACACAAUAUUACCGGAGAUAAUUUAGGACUGCUGUCCAGUACAUUGCGUUCGUGCACAUUUUGUUGUGAUGACGAUCUGUUGAAACUCGCCUGUCCCCUUGGAACUAGCAUCUCUAUUGAAUUGGUUCAAUAUGGUGUAAGAGAGGACAACGAUACGGCACAGUGUCCUUACAGCGAACUCGAUGAUCUCUAUUAUGCUCAAGGAUCGCCUCCAUCGUCACCUUCUACGAGUAUGUUGGACAUCAUCCUACCAUCAGGAAACGUGACGAUAACAUCAAAGAUACCAAAUAACAACGAAAUGGAUGUCGCCAUGAACGACAGCCUGACCAGUUUUUCUGUGGAGAGGACGAAAGACAAGUGCACUCCGCUUUACGUGCUGCAGUAUUCAAUCCUGCAGACCGUUGUUGAAACGUGCCAGAAAAAGCGAAGCUGUCGGUUACAUGCUGCACCGAAAAUAUUCGAAACAAGUCCCUGUCCUGGCAUACAUCGGCUGGUGGAGGUCAAUCACAAAUGCCGCCCAUUUGAAUUCCGAAGCUUGACUUCGUGCGAGAAGGACAUCGUUCGGUUGACCUGUGGCCAGUACACGCGCAUAGCGAUCUACAGCGCCACCUAUGGGCGGACGGCGUACGAAAGUUCUCAUUGUGCGCAGGCAGCCACCUCGCAAGAUCAGACAUGUCUCUCGGAGCAUACGAGUCACACGCUGACGGAAAUCUGCCAAGGCCGGCGGAAGUGUACGGUGGCAGUUGAAAGCUCAACAUUUGGCAAUCCCUGCCCGGAGAGCACUCGGGUGUACCUAAAGGUGAUAUACGCCUGUGUUUUCAGAAAUGUGUUCCGGGAGCGCUACGUUACGCCACUGGAGGAUGACGAGCUGGACGAACGGCCUUUCGAUUCGAACGAGCAGUACGAUGAGGAGUUAACGCCGGUUC